GAGUCAAAGCAGCAGAGCAGCCAGCAGCAGCCAGGCAGUAGCAGUACAGUCAGUAGUGAGCAGAACGGAACAGCAGCGUGAUCAAUUUGCAAUUUUUUCUCAAGUCGCGCAUAUACCGUUUCCAUCUCUCUUGCUUCGAAGCUUUAAAAAAAACAACUACACUAGUACGCCCCUGUGUGCCGUGGGUGUGAGCAGCUUUCAAAAAUUCGCUUUUUGUCUACGGAAUUAAUUGUCCGUCCUAGGAUUAUUAUACUACGUUUUUGAACCACACACAAGACACAUAAUGGGUAACGAAAGCUCGCUGCCUAUGGAAUUAUGCUCCAAUUUUGAUGCAGAUGAAAUUAGAAGAUUGGGCAAGAGAUUUAGAAAAUUGGAUCUUGACAACAGUGGAGCUCUUAGCAUUGAUGAAUUCAUGUCACUACCAGAGUUACAACAAAAUCCACUUGUACAACGGGUCAUAGAUAUCUUCGAUGCAGAUGGCAAUGGAGAGGUAGACUUUAAGGAAUUCAUUCAAGGUGUAUCCCAAUUUAGUGUAAAGGGUGAUAAAGAGAGUAAACUGAGAUUUGCGUUCAGAAUUUACGAUAUGGAUAAUGAUGGUUUCAUUAGCAAUGGUGAGCUAUUUCAAGUUUUGAAAAUGAUGGUUGGUAAUAAUUUGAAGGACACUCAACUUCAACAAAUAGUUGACAAAACAAUACUUUUUGCUGACAAGGACGAAGAUGGAAAAAUUAGUUUUGAAGAGUUCUGCUCUGUUGUCGGAAAUACAGAUAUUCAUAAGAAGAUGGUAGUUGAUGUUUAAUUAAUGUAAGCUACUUGAAGCAUGUAAAAAUUUUAAGUAUUUCUAAUUAAGCUCGAUAACAACUUCAUUGGGUAUAAUCAUAAAAUUAUCAUCUACCUAAUCUUUUACUUUUGGGUACCUAUUUGCAAUGCAUGGAUCUUUCUAUCUAUUCUUCUCAGGUGUCAUGUUUUCAUCAAAUACCUAGUCUAUUAAAAUGAAAUGCACUUGCCUUUAAUAUGCAUAUCUUCUUCUUGCCAACUGCCUUAAUUUUGUACUUGCAAUGGCUAAGGUAAUUAAAGUGCAACAUUUGAAAUGAAAUCUCCUAUUAUUAAUCUACUUUAAGUAUGUAGAGAAAAAUAUUUUGAACAAGAGUCAGGUACCCGAUACUGUAAGAAUAAGACUUCCAUUAACUUCUUUCUUGUUUAUAUUUCAUUUAAAAUUUUAUGAUUAUUCCCAAUUUUAAUUUUGUAUUCAUAAGUAUACAGCGGAUCUAUUCAAAUAAUUUGAUGAGAAGAGUUAAAUAUAUACUAAAAUACAAUAAUAAUGAAGAUAAAUGUCAUCUUUCUUAAAUAAUUAUGAAUGAAUUUUUAUGAAAAUUA